ACAGAGAGAGAACAAAAACUAGAACCAAAAAAGAAAGAAAUAAAAUAAAGAAAAUAAAUAAAAAGACAAAAAAGAAAAUCCAGAGAGAGAGAGAGAGAGAGAGAGAGAGAGAAUGGAGAAGAAAGUGUACGUUACCUUUAGAUAAAGGAAGAAGGUGGGGUAUGUAAAUGGAGAAAAACACACGUAGACAUAGUCCAUAGAAGGAAGAGAGAAGCAGCAGAUUUAAGGACAGCUGUGUAUAAUGGAGAGGGUGGGGUGGGGGUGGUAGGGACUGGUUUUAUCCCCACGACAAAAAUCUUACUGUUCUCUCUCUCUCUUCUUCUUCCCGCCUUCCCGCUUCUUCUUGAAUCUCUGUCUUUCUCUCUCUCUGUCUCUUUCUCUUAUUCUUUCACACACUCACAAAUCAAAAUAUACCCAUAUAAUCCUUUUUUCUUUUUCUUUAAGAUUGAGAUAGAGAAAAUUGGACACAAAGAGAAAAGGGAAAGUGAAUGGCAGAGAGAGAGAGAGAGUCUAGUACUCAACUGUGAGUGUACUUAGUAUGGUAUGGUAGGAAGUAGUGUUUUUGUUUUUUGGAGCAGAGGAAGUUGAAGAAGAAGAAAGGAAGAAGAAGAACAUGUGGUGGAGCUGAUAGCUAGCUACUUCUUUGGAGUCUCUUGACAUGGACACCCCUGAGAGGAACCAGAUCGGGACUCCUCUCUCUAAAUUCGAGGACUCCCCAGUCUUCAACUAUAUCAAUAGUCUUUCCCCUAUCAAACCAGUUAAGUCCCUAAACAUCACUCAGACAUUCAGCUCCCUUAGUUUUGCAACCCUUCCAUCCGUCUUCACUUCACCCCAUGUCAGUUCUCACAGGGAAUCAAGAUUCCUUAGAAGGCAUAAUUCUUCAGAUCCAUCAAAACGCGAGUCUUCUCCCGAAAUUGAAAACAAGGUUUGUACCAAUGAAGGGGUUGUCAUUGAUUCAGCCCACCUAUAUAACAACCGAGGGGAGCUAAAUGAAAUUGGUGAAACUUCUGUUGAGCCACAGAGUGGGCAUUCAAAAUUCGUGAUUGAGCUGCCUCGGACUUUAAAGUAUGACUGUGGUAGCCCCGAUUGUGACUCAACACCAUGUGAUAUCACAGCAGAUUGCGCAUCAGAAUUGAUUGAUCCAUCAACUGCACUUGUUCCAUAUGUCCAAGAGGCCUCUGAAAGAUGUUCAUCAGGUGGCGAAGCACAUGCAAAUUUCCAGGGGGCUUGCCAGAUUGGGCUUAAAAAAGAAGGGAAUGUAUGUGAUUGGGAAAGUUUGAUUUCUGAUGCUGCUGAUCUGUUAAUUUUCAAUUCACCCGGUUGUACAGAGCCCUUUAAGGGGUUGAUUGAGAAUUCUCUAGAGCCAGCAACAAGAUUUUGUACUUCUGUUGUGGCUCAAUUCCCAGAAAAUGACAUGAUUGAUGGGAAUAGGAUGCACGUUGUUGAUCCAGUUUCUGUUGAACAUCAUAAUACGGAAGAUCUUUCAACCCAACCCCGAGAAGCUUGUCAGAUGACAGAAAUGGAAAUGCCACAGGACAGAUUGGCUAAUACUAAUUCAAAUAAGGGUGUGGUGAGAAAUCCGACUGAGAUAAAGGAUAAUGAAGUGGAGGCAUGCAUGGCAUUUUCUUGUAAGUCUGUUUUUAAUUUGCAUCGUGGUAUCCGAAGGCGCUGUCUAGAUUUUGAGAUGGCUGGUGCUCGUAGAAAGAACUUAGAUGAUGGUUCAAAUUGUAGUUCUUCUAUAUCACAAUCUGAUGAGAAGAUCACUGCUAAUGAUACACAACUGGGCUCUGUUAAACCUGGUAGUGAUUCUACAAGGCGUAUCUUACCUGGAAUUGGUCUGCAUUUGAAUGCACUUGCAGCAACCUCUAAAGAUUAUGUUAUCAUCAAAAGUGAAAGUUUUUCUUCUGGAAGACAACCAAGUUUGCCAAACACCACUGCCUCCAUACAUUCCCCUACGGACAGUCAAGAACCACUUGAUAAAUCCUUAAUUUUAGCUUCCUCUGAAAGAGACACAGAUGGAGCUGAAAAUGGGGUUCUUUUGGAGGAUGGUUCUCAAGCUCCUGCAAUAAGUGAAGAGUUCAAUCAGAACAGCCCCAAGAAAAAGAGGCGUAGGCUGGAAAAUGCUGGAGAGGGCGAUUCCUGCAAGCGUUGCAACUGUAAAAAAUCAAAGUGCCUGAAACUCUAUUGUGAAUGCUUCGCGGCUGGUGUGUACUGCAUAGAGCCAUGUUCAUGUCAAGAUUGCUUCAACAAGCCUAUUCAUGAAGACACUGUGCUUGCAACUCGCAAGCAGAUUGAGUCUCGCAACCCGCUUGCAUUUGCUCCGAAAGUGAUAAGGAGCUCAGAUUCUGUUCCUGAAUUUGGGGAUGAAUCAAACAAAACCCCAGCUUCAGCCCGGCAUAAAAGAGGAUGCAACUGCAAGAAAUCAAGUUGCACCAAGAAGUACUGCGAGUGCUAUCAGGGUGGUGUUGGAUGCUCCAUUAGCUGCAGAUGCGAAGGGUGUAAGAAUGCUUUUGGUAAAAAGGAUGGGUCUGCCUUAACAGGAACAGAAGCUGAGCCUGAAGAAGACGAAACAGAAGCAAGCGAAAAGAGUAUGGUGGACAAACCCUUACAGAAAAUCGAAAUUCAGAAUAAUGAAGAGCAGAACCCGAGCUCUACUCUUCCCAUAACACCAUUACAGGCUUCCAGAGUACCUUUGAUCCCGCUGCCAUUGUCAUCAAAGAGCAAGCCUCCACGCUCUUCUUUUUUCACCAUGCCAUCGUCUUCUGGAUUGUAUACUGGUCAGAAACUUGGUAAGCCGAAUAUUCUCCGAUCCCAACCUAGGUUUGAGAAGCACAUCCAAGUUGUUCCAAAGAAUCAGGAAGACGAAAUGCCUGAGAUUCUCAGAGGGGAUAGCUCUCCAAACACUACUGGCAUCAAGACUUCUUCUCCAAACAGUAAGAGGAUAUCUCCUCCUCAUUGCAACUUUGGUUCAUCGCCUGGUCGCAGGACCGGCCGGAAGUUGAUAUUGCAGUCCAUCCCUUCAUUUCCUUCUCUCACUCCCCGCCAUUGAAUAGCUAGAGUUUUGUUUCAAGUUAAGACUAUUCUUUCAAAUUUUCAUUAUGUUGAAAUGUAUGGUGUUUUUAGCUCGACAUACCAUUUUAAGUUCAUCACUGUCUACCUUGUAUAAUAAGAAGAUGGAAUAUCCAAGCUAGCAUAAUCUCCAACUCUUCUUGUAUAAUAUGGUGUAUUAAAUUAAAAGUACUGCAUUUUUACUUCUUCUA